AUGAAACAAACCAUUUAUAUAUUGUUCGUAUUAUUUGCAUUUUUCAAACCCACCGCUAGUGUAAGACAGCAAUCUAUUCGAGUAACUGGAACGCUAAAAUGUGGUGAUAGACCUGCAUCCAAUGUGCAUGUGAAACUAUGGGAUGAGGACGAUGGGCCUGACAGAGACGACGUCCUUGCUGAUAAAGAAACCGAUUCGAAUGGUUAUUUUGAUAUGGAGGGAAGUGCUCAUGAGCUACUGACAAUCGACCCCGUUCUCAAGAUAUAUCAUGAUUGCGACGAUGCACUGCUCGGUCAACGCAAGGUGAAAUUCCUCAUCCCCACCAAAUACAUUACUGUCGGAUCGCAUGCUAAAAAGCCGUUCAACAUCGGUGUGCUUAAUCUGGAAACGAUAUUUCCCGGGGAAGAACGCAAAAUUCUCUAA